AUGCCCUACCCGCAGCCGCGCGCAGGACAAGUUGUUGCCUUGUGGGGACGACGGGCACGGUUCAAGGACGACAAGCAAGCAAGUGUGCGUGCGUCGACUUGCCAUGUGGUCCGGCACCGCCGCCCCGGCGGCAUUGGCGACGCCGCCUGUCCUCCGCAUCCGGCUGCCGCCGGCGUGGACGCGCGCCUGGAGCGCCUCGCCAGGGAGCACGGCUUCCGCCACUGGCGCCGCGUGGCGGCGCGAAUGGGCUCGGGGCGGUCGUCGAGGGAGUGCCGCGGCAGGUGGCGCCACCACCUCGCCCGCCACGUGUACCACCGGCCCUUCACCGCCCGCGACGACGACGACCUCGCGCGCCUCUACGUCCGCCACGGCGGCCGCUGGAGGGACAUGAGCCGGGCCGUCGGCGGCCGCACCUCCCGCGUCAUGAGGCGCCGCCGGAGGGAGCUCCGCGACAGCGACGCGUUCCUCAGCAAGCUCUGGAAGCCUGUCACUGUCAGCACGGAGCCGUCGUCGCAGCAGCAGCAGCAGCACCUGCGCUUGGGGCAAUGCUGUCUACUGCUCGACACCGACGCACUCCUAGUAGCUUCUUUCCGCGACCUUUUGAUCCAGUAA